CUGCUGGGAGAGUGGGUCUCCUUCGAGCUUCCCUGCUGGGUGGGGGCUGCUAUUGACCAGGCGUCACUGCGGAUUCGAGGUCGCCGAAAGAUGAUGUGGUGAAGUCAUCCGGCCAUCUCGGCCACGCCCGGGCAGUUAGUGGCCAGGGCGGCCGCUUCGGCUGCUUCUCUCCGGGUGCAGCCUCGUUAGGGGUUUCUCCUUGAGGGAGCGCGGGCGGAGGAGCGAAGACGCCGGACCUGUCCUGCCAUGACUGUCCAAGGGAUCAUAAUCACAUGAGAGCAUUUACUAUUACAGAUGUCACUUGAGUCAUCAGAGAAAAUCUGUCUUAAAGAAAAGAUCCAUAUGACCACAUCCAUUUCUCCAUUAAAUGGCUUGAUGGAUUUCUUUUGCUCUGAUUCAUACCAAAGCUGCCCUUCUCAACCAAAGCAAGAAAGGAUACUGCAUGAGUCAAUCCCAGAAUGCCAUUUUCACAUCACCAACAGGUGAAGAAAACCUCAUGAAUAGUAAUCACAGAGACUCGGAGAGCAUCACUGAUGUCUGCUCCAAUGAGGACCUCCCUGAAGUUGAGCUGGUGAACCUGCUAGAAGAACAGCUGCCACAAUAUAAGCUAAGAGUAGACUCUCUCUUUCUGUAUGAAAAUCAAGACUGGGCACAGUCUUCACACCAGCAGCAGAAUGCAUCUGAUGCCCUCUCUCCAGUCCUUGCUGAAGAGACUUUCCGUUACAUGAUUCUAGGCACAGACAGGGUGGAGCAGAUGACCAGAACCUACAAUGACAUUGACAUGGUCACACAUCUCCUGGCAGAGAGAGAUCGGGAUCUGGAGCUAGCUGCUCGAAUUGGACAAGCUCUCUUAAAGCGGAACCAUGUCUUGUCUGAGCAGAAUGAAGCUCUGGAGGAACAAUUGGGACAAGCCUUUGAUCAAGUUAAUCAGCUUCAGCAUGAGCUGUCCAAGAAGGACGAAUUGCUUCGAAUUGUCUCCAUUGCUUCUGAGGAGAGUGAAACAGAUUCCAACUGUUCAACACCUCUUCGCUUCAAUGAGUCCUUCAGCUUGUCUCAAGGUUUGCUGCAACUGGACAUGCUGCAGGAAAAACUCAAGGAACUGGAAGAAGAGAAUAUGGCUCUGCGAUCCAAGGCUUGUCAUAUAAAGACAGAAACUUUUACCUAUGAAGAGAAGGAACAGCAGCUUGUCAAUGACUGUGUUAAAGAACUUCGUGAAACAAAUGCUCAGAUGUCUAGAAUGACUGAAGAAUUGUCAGGAAAGAGUGAUGAACUGCUUCGAUACCAAGAAGAGAUCUCUUCCUUGUUAUCUCAGAUUGUAGACCUUCAGCACAAGCUUAAAGAACAUGUUAUUGAGAAGGAAGAACUAAGACUUCACCUACAAGCUUCCAAAGAUGCCCAGCGACAGCUGACAAUGGAGCUGCAUGAGUUACAAGACAGAAACAUGGAGUGUCUGGGCAUGUUGCAUGAAUCCCAAGAAGAAAUAAAAGAACUUCGUAGCAGAUCUGGCCCUGCUGCUCAUCUCUACUUCUCUCAGUCUUAUGGAGCUUUUACUGGGGAAUCUUUGGCAGCUGAGAUUGAAGGGACCAUGCGUAAAAAGCUAAGUUUGGAUGAAGAAUCUGUCUUUAAACAAAAGGCCCAACAGAAACGGGUAUUUGAUACUGUCAAAGUUGCCAAUGACACACGGGUCCGCUCUGUCACAGUCCCAACCCUGCUACCCAUCCCAGGUUCCAACCGCUCAAGCGUCAUCAUGACAGCAAAGCCCUUUGAAUCUGGUGUACAGCAAACAGAGGACAAAACACUCCUGAACCAGAGGAGCGACAUGGCAGAAGUUCCAGGGAGCUCUCUGGCCAUGAGCCUCCCAGGACCCGCUGGAGACAGUGAUUUGGCUGCAGCAUUGCAUCGCCUUAACCUGCGGAGACAGAACUACUUAAGUGAGAAGCAGUUCUUCGCCGAAGAAUGGGAACGAAAGAUCCAGAUUCUGGCCAACCAGAAAGGAGGAGUUAGUAGUUGUGACACUCCCACGGAGAGCCUUGCUUCUCUCUGCACUGACCAGUCAGAGAUCACGGACCUCAGCAGCACCAGUUGCCUUCGAGGCUUUAUGCCAGAAAAAUUACAAAUUGUCAAGCCCCUGGAAGGAUCACAAACUCUCCAUCAUUGGCAGCAGCUUGCUCAACCAAACUUGGGAACCAUUCUUGAUCCAAGACCAGGCGUCAUUACUAAAGGCUUUACCCAGAUGCCCAACGAUGUUGUCUAUCACAUCUCAGAUUUAGAGGAGGAUGAAGAAGAGGGAAUCACUUUUCAGGUUCAGCAGCCUCUUCAAGUGGAGCAGAAGCCUGCAGUGUCCAUACCGGUGACAGGGAUCUUCCUCCCACCCAUUACUUCAGCAGGUGGGCCAGCUGCAGUUGCAACCUCAAACCCAGGAAAGUGUCUGUCAUGCACGAACUCAACAUUCACCUUCACCACCUGUAGGAUCUUACAUCCUUCCGACAUCACUCAGGUUACCCCUAGCUCUGUGUUCCCUUCACUGUCCUGUGGAAGUAGUGGGAGCAGCUCAUCAAACACAGCUGUGAAUUCUCCUGCCAUGUCCUACAGACUCAGCAUUGGUGAAUCCAUCACAAACCGACGAGAUUCUACCACAACCUUCAGUAGCACCAGGAGCUUGGCCAAGCUUUUGCAGGAGCGAGGCAUCUCUGCUAAAGUGUACCAUAGCCCUAGUUCAGAGAACCCCCUGCUGCAGCCUCUCCCCAAGGCCCUGGCUACCCCUUCCACACCACCAAACUCCCCAUCACAGUCACCGUGCCCUUCUCCCUUGCCAUUUGAGUCCCGAGUACAUGUCUCUGAGAAUUUUUUGGCUUCCCGACCAGCUGAAACAUUCCUCCAAGAAAUGUAUGGCUUGAGACCCUCCCGGAACCCUCCUGAUAUUAGCCAGUUGAAGAUGAACUUAGUAGACAGGCUGAAGAGACUGGGGCUAGCCAGAGUGGUCAAGAACCCUGACACCCAGGAGAAUGGAAAAAGCCAAGAGGCAGAAAUGGGUUUUCAAAAAUCAGACUCUGCUGUCUAUUUAAAUUCAGGUGGCACUUUACUGAGCGGACUGAGGAGGAAUCAGAGUCUUCCAGUCCUCAUGGGUAGCUUUGGUGCCCCAGCUUGCACAUCCUCACCCAAAAUGGGUAUCCUGAAGGAAAACUGAGGCUCAGCAUUAACUGACCUCUUGUUUAAGUUAGCAUAUGAAGGAUAGAUAUGCACUGAUAAAUGGGAACCUGGGAAAUGGCCUAACUUGAGAGAAAAGGAACGUUGCAGAAGGGUUGUGAAUGUGGAGAGGGUGUGGCGGAGGAAUGGAAACAUUUGAGAUUAGUUCCUCCAGGAUGGAGUCUAAGAAACAGUGUAAAUGAAGAAGGUCAUGAAUAGUUUGGAGGCAGAAAGGGAAAGAAGGCUUCAGCUAAGUUUUCUUGCCUUGAAAAUAAAGUGAACAGAAAGAUAAGUAAAUUCAGUCCUAUUGAAUCCUGCCAGAGAUGCUGAACCUCUGACACCUUGAUCUCUAGUGAGCACAGUAGGAAGAGCCUGCCUGGAAGGCUGGGAAGCGAAGGAGCAGCACCGCUGUUGCUGUUUCAAAGGGUUGGUACAGUGAGCUGGUACUGAGACUGCUCAUUUGAGUCCCUGCUAAUACCUGGUCAAAUUAUGCAUCCGUCCUAUGGUGUGCUCACAGCAUUAGCAAAACAAGAAACUAUCUUUUCAUUACAUCAGAAGUGGAGACUUUCUGUUUUCAGGCCAUUGAGGCACUGGGAGCCCAAACACCACCCACUUUCCUUUGUAUUUAUGAUUACUAAAGCUUCAUUUUUUAAAUUUGUAUUUUUGUACAACAUAACAAAAAAUUUUAAAUAACAAUAUGAGCAAGAUUGAGAGGGAUUUAAAAAAGAAAAUAGGGAUAAGUUGGAUCAAGGAAAGUUUUUAGAGUAUUUCUUCUGGAUAAUACAGUGGCCAAGGAAUACAAACAAAAUUGCAUGUUUCUCAAAUUUCCUUGGAGGCCGGAAGGGGUGAAACUAGAAGUGCAAUCAAUAGGAAUUAGAUUAUGUUGUAUAUUUAUAUAUGUAAAUUUUUAAGAAAAGUUAGUUGCAGCUAACUUUUUCCAAAGUGUGCUAUGCAUAUUUUAAUGAAAGAUGACAUGUAUUUGCACAAAAAUUCUCAGGCACAUUAAAUUAUGACUGAAGUAAAACCCAGGUGCUUGCUUUGAAAGUGUUUUUGUUUGAAUUUUGUUGUUUUCCUCUUGUAAAUUAAAACAUCUGCCCAGUUCUUAGCUUCUGUAGAAUUAGAGAACUUCUUCAUGGGGGAGUUGAGACUUCUUUUCCUGUGGGAUUCUUUUUUUCAAGCUGAAAUGACAAAUGAGACCCUAAGAUUAGGUUUCGGCGUUCAGCAGUGUGACGCAGACUGUGAACUGGGCUGAAACAGCUCUGCUUCUGAGGUGAUGGGUCAGGUCUGUCUCAUCAGAUGGCUUUGUCUACACAGGGCUGUUGAGGAAGAAAUGCCGUACAUGGAAGGCAGGAUGGGGAAAGGAUGAGGAGGGGACUACCCAUUUUGUUUAUGGAAAUAGGAAGUAUAUUGCUUGGUCAUUUUGGUGCUUAAUUUGCAAAUAUUUUGCCUCUUUGUCCUGAGAAGAAUUAUUAAUUUCUGCCUGAGAGUUCCUUCCUUUCUCUUGACCCACGUCCCCUAGAAGAAAGAGAUAUGUGCCCAAAAGGUUAGAGAAAUCAACAUCCAUGCAAUGGUAAGAAUAUAUAGCUUUUCUAUACUUUCUAGAAUCUUUUUAAUAAAACUUUUCUAAAUACAUUUUUUUUUCAAAAACAAAGGCUAGAGCUGCAUUCUCAGCCUCUCACCCUUUGCCCAAUCAUGCUGCUGUCCACAGAGCAUACACACAUAUGAAGCAACCCUACAUGAAACAGGCAUCAAAACAAGAAUUCCUGAUGUUUAAAUUAAAAAAAAGCAUUUGAAUUUACAUUUUAUAAUCAGCUCUGGAGUAACUCCUUAGCGAACUUGAAGCUUUUCAUUCUCAAAGAAAGUAAUCUCCCUGUUACUUGGACAUUUACAGUUUCCAGGAAACUUCAAGAAGUAGGAAGAUACAGAGUCAAGGAAGUAGUAAUGCCUGCUAAAUGAACAGGUUUAUGUGUUAUAUAAAUCGCUCUUAAAUUGCUGGGUUUUAUGGUGUUCUGUGUGGAGUAUCACUUCUGUACUUCAUAGUCGAUGCCUCCAUGAUGCCUGGAGGUAAGUGUGUGUUAGCAGUCAGAUAAGCACAUCUGGUUAAAGAAACCAGACUUGGGUUUUUAAAAAUCAAGUUCAUUUUGAUGUUUGUUGGCAACACAGUAAUUGUGUCCUGGUGCAUGCUUGUCUUUACAAAUGAAUCCUGUCUUAAAAACUGGGGUUUGCUGGUUUUGAAGUUUUCACCUAAAAUUAUUUUUGGUACAGCCUGAGAAUCUGUUUUAUCAAACUGUCUGCAAAAUACAGUAAGAACUGGAGUCUUGCAGCAACUUCAUCUGCAGUUUCUCUUAAGCUUCACUACCGUCCAUGUUGUUUCUUUUACGGUAUCAGUUGGGUAUGUACUUUUAUGCUUGCAUGGGAAAGCACAAUUUUUUUCCUACUUUAUCAAGAUUUUUGCGAUUAUUUCUCAGGUAUUUCUGAAUAUCCUGUUAUCUAGUAGGAGAAUCUUCUUGAGCUCAGAAUUAAAAUUAUCCUGAAUUAUGAAGAUCCUAAACUUAUGUAAAUAGCCUUAGGUUUGAAUCUUUAGAGAGAAGUUAAUGACCUCCGUUAGGUAGCUUUUGUUUUUUAGUUUUAUACUUGCCCCUGAUCUGACAAAUGAUCAGACUUUGGCAAGGAAGUUAACAGGUGGGUCACGAGAGCCAGUUCUCUGAAGAAGGCAUAUUUUACACAGUAUUCAGAGCUUCUAGCACACAGUAGUAGGUGGUUUUAACAUCAACUUCGGACAUCUGGAAUGGGGCUGUCAGUGUCUAGCGGCCUUCUCUGCUGUCCGAUGCACAGGGAUCUGUGGUCCACAAGCACGAAGCAGAAAGCAGUGCUAUAACUAGGCCCACUGCAGAGCUAGCCCAGGCAUGGCAUAGGUCCCUCUGCAGCUUAGGAAGUUCCAUUGUGUGAAGUCUGGAGCUCAACUUUGUCAAACAGCUCUUUGUGCACCUUCCUAUGCUUUGUCAAAUGUAAAUUAGAUAAUAAACACAGUAGCUUAAAUUUC